GUGGUUGUGAUCCGGAUAUCUGCGUCCCUUUUCGGCUCCAGAUGUGAGCAACUGUUCACUGUACCUGAAAAUGUUGGCGUAUCACAGUGAGAUGUUGAUCCCUCAUUAUAGUAAUUAACUACUACAUGAAAAUGCCGGGACAAAACACAUUGAAAUUAAUAUAAGAGAUUCUAAUAGGUAUUUGUAUUACGUUGAGUACAGUAAAGUUAUAGUUGUUUCUUCGACGUUUUUCAUAUAUAGUGAAAUGUGGAUGUAUGGGUUCAUGUGGUGGUAUUAUUGAACCCAUUAAAGCGUGGUUGGUGAGACUGGUUCUACGAUCAAGCUUUUUUUUUUUUUUUUUUGGGAAAUGCAGUCUGAACUGAUGAGCUUUCACGGGAACGGUUCCCGUCCCGCCAGUUUAAGAACCUUAAUGAGAACUGUGGUCGAUACCGACAGUUCACUGCUAUGUAUUGUACCUCCAAUAGGUUUGCAUUCUCAUAUUUCCUUCACGUGCUGAGCUGACGUAGAUGAUUGCGCUAACCGACAACGUCAGAUUAUUUACGUGCUGUGUGAUGUAGCGGCUGAUCAUCAAUACCCGAGUAACCCAAACUAUAAAUAUGUCGUGGACCGUGGUAAUAUCUAGGGCGACCUUUUUUUGUUCAUAUAAUCACAAACUAUGCGACGUUUGAAAAUAAAUAUAAUUUCAACCGAAAUCAAAAUAUACACUUUACUUAUUCAAAAUAAAAAAGUACACAUUAAAUCAAAAGUCAAGGUUUUUUUUUCUCUUAUGUAUGAAUGUUUUAUAGUUCUGUAUGCUAGUGUUGGAAAGUAAUGCCUUUGUAGCAACACAUUAAUAUUGAUGUCUCCAGUAAUGAGCAGGUUAGCAUUUAUUAAUGUUUUUUUCAGUAAAAUGUGAAAGUUUCUGUUCAUAAUUUAACUUAUUACAACUUUGUUGUCUCAGCCCCUUGCUUACGUGAGUCAUCAAUCCACAAAUUAGUUUUCACAAUAACAACAUCAUCAUUGCUAGCGUGAAAGAUGAAAAACAAAAUUCAGCCGCUGAAAUAAAUUUUUUAUUUUGUCUGGAGAAAAGACGAUGAUACAAAAUAUUGAGUGUCUAUUUACACUAUAGGCAAAUAACCUUCCUUGUUGGUAGAGUCUAAGUUAUUAGUGCAAGCUGUUUUGUAAUGUACUAUAAUACUAUAUUAUAUAUUAUAAUGUAAUAUGCAGAUAAUUGCCACUAUUUGCAAUAAGUAGUAAAGCAUAAAAUCAUAUAAAUAGAAUCUAUAGCUAGUUGCACUUAGUGUAAAUACCAUAUCACUAAAAUGCCGCUAUUUAUACUUAAAUGGCAUCUAUCAGUAAGAAAAUAUACUAUUUUCAGUUAGUAAAACACGAUUGCUACACAUAACAGUUAAUGAGAUUAAUACUAUAUUUUUACUUAAAACUUACUCUAAAGUGUUUUUUUUGUUUAAAUAAAAGAAAAUUGAAACAUAGAACAAGUUGUAUUUACAUUUCAAGACGUAAUUUACAGAUCUGUUUCGAUAUGUACCAUGUCAGAUAUUUUUCACUGUCAAUCAUUGCAUUCUUAGAAGCAAUACCACAUGUAAUUACAUUUUGUCAGUACAAAUAUUUUGCUGUGUGUAGGUAGCAGUAUAAAUCGUUAAAUAUUAAAAAUAAAACUACUCCCUUCAUUUGUGAGCGUGUAAUUGGCAGCAAGUGAGUGUUCUGAUUCUGCUGAAUGAAAUAAAAUUGUUUUCAGUGGAAAUGAAAUUGUUUCUCAAAUCAUAAAUAUAUGAAGCAUGUCCUGACUCUUGAUCGGGCUGCCUCUGGCAUAAUACCCGCGAUAGCCGUAGAGAGUGAAUAAGCGUCACCUACUGGAUGUUGCGUGCCUAUAUAGCUGAAACUUGGCAGCCACAAAAAUGCCAUGAAAGCAGAAUACAUCACCCAUAUUCUUUGUUAUACUUUGUUUUUCAUUUUCAAACAGAUCAGAUGCCAGAAGAGCGUACUAUCAGUGUUGGUUGUUCUCCAUAUGGUUUUUCUUCUCCAGUCACAUUUGUCCUUGCGAGUCUCCAUGAGUCAUCGUGUCACUGUGAAAUCGUUCCUACAGUCAAUAAGUGUGUGGUCUCACGCGCUGGUCGAAUUGUCUGAUGUGGUCAUUCAGAGGAUUAUUAAGCUAAAAACCAAUUUGAGCUAUACUCAUGUGGUCUUGAAUGGUUUUAAAAUCGGACACACUGGACUGCAGGUGACCUGAUGUUGACAUCUCCCUCUACCUCUAGUCACUUCCUCCCUCAAUCCCAGUGUCCUCUGAGACCGCUGAACUCUAGAACCGCUAAGCUGGUUGAAAACUCAUGGGAUACGAACAUGUCGGAGGUUGGAGAGCGUCGGCAAGUCAACACAGAUUAUGCUGUUUCUGUGCUAGAACAGCUAAAGUUUUUCUACGAGCAGAAGUUGCUGACUGACAUCACUUUACUGGUGGAGGAGAACGAGUUCCCCUGCCAUAAAAUGGUGCUAGCCACCUGCAGCUCUUACUUCAGGGCCAUGUUUAUGAGUGGACUCAGUGAGAGCAAGCAGACACAUGUUCAUCUUAGAAAUGUUGACCCCAUCACACUGCAGACCAUCAUAACCUAUGCUUACACCGGGAACUUAGUCAUCAACGACACCACUGUGGAGCCUCUCUAUGAGACAGCCUGCUUUCUUCAGGUGGAGGAUGUUUUACUGCAGUGUCGAGAAUACUUGGUCAAAAAAAUCACUGCUGAAAACUGCGUCCGCAUGCUAAGCAUUGGUGACCUGUUUAGUUGCACAGAGUUGAAGCAAAGUGCUAAGCGCAUGGUGGAGCACAAAUUUCCUGUUGUCUACCGACAGGAGGCUUUCUUGCAGCUCUCGCACGAGCUGUUGCUGGACCUUCUGAGCAGCGAUAAUCUCAAUGUGGAGAAAGAGGAAACUGUACGUGAGGCGGCCAUGCUGUGGCUGGAAUACAACAUGGAAGCACGUUCUCAGUAUUUGUCCUCCGUCCUUAGCCAGAUUCGAAUUGAUGCGCUUUCUGAGGUGACCCAACGUGCCUGGUUCCAAGGUCUUCCACCAAAUGACAAAUCAGUGGUAGUGCAAGGCCUGUACAAGUCUAUGCCAAAGUUUUUUAAGCCCAGACUGGGCAUGACCAAGGAAGAAAUGCUAAUUUUUGUAGAGGCUGAACCACCAGCUGAAAGCCACCCAGUUGUGAUAGGUCCACGCCACACAGUGGUCUGUUACAGCCCUCAAGCGGAGAAGGUCUAUAAACUGUGUAACCUGCCUGGAGACUUGCAGAAGGUUGGGACAUUGGUCACCCCGGACAAUGAUGUGUUCAUUGCUGGUGGACAGAUACCACUGAAGAGUGCUCUAGCUACCCACGGAAGCAAAAGUGGCAAGCUGCAGGCUGCCUACUGUUCAGUGGACAGCUUCUACUGGCUGGAUGCCCAGCAGAAUGCAUGGGUGGUCAAAACACCGAUGCUAUACGCUCGCACUAAACCAUCACUGGUGUAUUGUCAGGGUUUCAUUUAUGCUAUUGGCGGUGAUAAUGUAGGUGGAGAGUUGAAUAAGCGCACAGUGGAACGCUAUGAUUGUGAACGGGAUGAAUGGAGCUUGACUAGCCCUCUUCCCUGCGCUUGGAGUUGGAGCACAGCGGUAACAGCCCGGGACUGCAUCUAUGUCAUGACACAUGACCUCAUGUACUGCUACUUCCCUCGAGCUGACACUUGGGUGGAAAUGGCCAUGCGGCAGACUAGUCGCUGCUUUGCUUCAGCGGCUGCAUUAGGAGAACUCAUCUUCUAUAUUGGUGGUCUACAUGUGGUGGGCAACUCGGGUUUGCGUCUGCCAACAAGCACUAUUGAUGGCUCCUCGGUUACGGUAGAAAUAUACGAUGUCAACAAAAAUGAAUGGCGUCUGGCUGCUAACAUCCCAGCCAAGCGGUACUCUGAUCCAUGUGUGCGUGCCGUGGUGCUACUGAAUACGCUAUGCAUCUUUAUACGCGAGACACACUUAAACGAGAGGGCAAAAUAUGCUCUCUAUCAGUACGACUUGGAGCGUGACUGCUGGUCCUUGCGGCAGCCAGUGUCAGAACGUGUGCUCUGGGACCUCGGCAAAGAUUUUCGCUGUGCCGUGGGUAAAUUAUACCCAUCCUGCCUUGAUGAAUCUCCCUGGAAGCCACCUACUUACCUCUUCUCUCCUGAUGGAGCUGAGGAGUUUGAGGUGGAUGAGGACAUGGUGUCACUGCCUCAUGUAUAGUUAAUGGCGUAGUCUUUAAAACUAACCUGUAAUUUAUCCACUCUUCUGGAAUAAUGCUCUUCUGUUUUGAGAGGAAAGGUGAUUAAGCUGAUGGACGGUCUUCCCUUAAUGCCUGGUGUGCUCAUGGAGAUCAAAUGUUUAAUUGGCAACUAAAAUAUUUCAUUCAGAUUUUGACAUAUCUCCGACACUUGUAGUGUUGAUCAUUCUCAAAGCAAGGUUGAGAACAUAAAUAUUUAAUUUCUCUCAUUGCAAGUUUGGCAUUCUGUUAUAACAAUUUGAUGGUAUAAACGAAUGAUGCAAUUAAACCUUGUUUGGCUAAAAAUGGCAACUGUACACCCAGAGUUCAUAAAUUUCUCACUCUUCUUUUGUCCAGUUCAUCUUUCAGAAGUCAAUUGCUCACCUUUCUCCUAAAUGUCAACAGGGAAACAAGGUUCAAGGGGAUGGCAAGAUAUUUUAUACUGAAUGUCUUUAGAUGUUUUGAUUCGCCGCUGGUUUGGUGACUUGCUUGACAUUGAUUUUGUUGUUGUCAUUGUUUGCAUCUGUAUUAUCAUAGUUCAUGUUCUCUGUGGUCUGUCUGUUGACCUGUUUUGCAUAUGACAUCAUUUGACCUCUUAAAAUGGUAGGUUUCAUACUUACCACCACAAACACACUAGAGAUACCUCAGGGUGCUUUCCAGUCUGGUUUUGUGCUCUGUUUACCAUAUCAUUUAUUUCUCUCUAGUUCGCAAAUUAAUUUGUUUUUUUUGGCAUCUUUGUCUCCAAGUUCCUGUGUGUUUGUCCUCGAUUAUAGACAAAUGCAGGAAAUGCCUGCUAGAGUAUUCAUUUUCCAUCAUGUUCAGAUGUCUGUAUGUUUAGAAAGUGGGGAACUGGAUUGAAACAGGUUGAAAAAAAUAAAAACAAUUUACUCUUGAGUCAUCA